AUGUCGUGGCCCUCCUCCCCCGGCUCCUCCACCACCCACUCGUCCAACCCAUUCGCUGGUCCUGAGCCCUCCGCCGCCGCCAUCCGUGACCUCAAUAUUGCAGCCCGGGUCCCCAUCCGUCUCGACAGCUCCAGCACGUCGUACUACACGUGGAAGACCUACUUCAACCUCGUCUUCCACGAGUACUAUCUCACCGAGCAUAUCGACGGUUCCGUGGACAGCGCGUACAUGCGCGGCGAUCCGGAGUGGUCCGCCAUCAAGGCCACGAUCAUCCGUUGGUUCUACCAGACGGUCUCGAAGGACAUCUUCCACACGGUCGUCGCCAAGGACGACGACGCCUGCAUCGUGUGGGCCAAGAUCAACGCGCUCUUCACCGACAACAAACUCCAGCGCCUUGUUUUCUUGCAGCAGGAGUUCUUCGGCUGUCACCAGGACAACUCCACCAUCGACGAGUACUGCAUGAGGCUCAAGAUGCUCGCCGACGAACUUCGCGACAUCGGCGCUAAGGUCUCUGACGACCUCAUGCUGAGCACCCUCACCACCGGGCUUAAUGAGGACUUUGGUAACGCGGCAUCCAACCUCACCCUGCUGCCGCAACCCACCUUCCAGCUCGUCGUCGCGUACCUCAAACUUGAGGAGCGCCGGAUGACGAAGCUGAAGCAGCGGGUCCAGCACACCGCUCUCGCCACCGGUACCACCCGCGGCGACCCUGCUCCUCCGGCCGCCCCCCGCCAGUCCGCCCCGCCAGCACCCGCCGGCUACUACCCACUGCCACCCGCUCCGCCCGCGUCCCCAGCGCCUCCCCAGCAGCCGCAAGGUGGCGGAGGCCGGCGCAACCGGCGGAGUGGCGGGGGCCGGCGCAACCGGCGGGGUGGCAGGGGCCGGCGACCCCGGCGGGGUGGCGGGGGCCGCCGCCAGCAGCAGCAGCAGGCGCAGGGCGCAGGGGGUCUCCUUGGCCCCCGUCCAGCGGGCCACCAGGCGUUCGUCGGCGCCCACUACCAGCCCUACGGUGCCCCACUCGCGCUGCCACCCCUCGGUACCCAGACGCCACCCUAUGGAGGCCAGCCGCCGCCGCCGGCACCUGCACCAUGGGAUCCAGCCCUCCUGGACGCCCUACACUCGGCACCAUCGUCGAGCAACUAUGGCAGUGGAGGCGACUGGUACAUGGACUCAGAUGCUACUGCGCACAUGACAGCUCAUCCCGGACGCCCGUACCCGGAUGGUGCUUCACCGCUGUGA